AACGUAUAUGGUACACCCUGAUGAUAUGAUUAAGUCUACUUUAGGUAAGUCGACUUGUUAUGAUAACAAAAGAAAAUGAACUGUACCGGUUGUCUACGUAAGCUUAUCUUUCUGACAUAAGUUAAUGCAACAUUAUUUUAAAAUAUGCCAUGCCGACGUAUGCUAUGUCAGCUUAUCCACAUAAUUUGUACAUCCUUCUUCCCUGACUUACCUAGUUCUUAUAAGCAUGUUGAUAAAAUCUUUUUAUCUCAUUCCUAGAUAAAUAUUUUUGUCAAAAAGAAAUAAGUCGACUUAACGUGAUAGUCGAGCAUCUGGAAUAUAUAUUUCCCCUGCUUGAACAUUUAUUUACAGCUUUGCGUCAUUACCUACGACGACAAAAAAAAACUGCUUUUUAUAAUGCUUCUUACCCCCAUAGGAUACUUACCGUCUGGCAAAACGGAAGGUAUGAACCGUAUACAGGUACUAAAUUCUUAAUUAAUCUAUAUUUUUAUUCCAAAUGUUUUGUUUUUUUGUAUUUGUCAAUCUUUUUAUGUUGCAUUAUUAUCCUCUACACAAUGUAUAGAAAGUAUUGUUAUUGAGAAAAAAGCAACGUUUAUUUGAUCAUAAUUGUUAAUACUUGAAUAAAUUACCAGAAUGGUUGUAAGUGCACAGACAGUCGGCUCCUACUUUAUAGUUCUGACAGAUUAGACCACCACUUGAAUGUAACAAUGAGACAUGGGAAACAACAGGCGUGGGCUUAAUCUUAAACUGCUACCAAUUGCUAAUUUUUAAUGAACUUUCAGGCAUUCUGUUUUGAUAAUAUAAGCAUCCCUGAAUAAUAUGUCUUCUGUUUUAUAUGCAGGUAUGCCUUUUCUUGGCAUUGGCGCUAUUCGAAUCGACUGAAGCGGUUCUUCAAAAUGGACAGAGAGAUGCAUUGAUUUCUUUUUAUCAUCGACAAGGUUAUUCCCAUUUAGACAUAUGUGGAUUCUUAUUAUUGGUGCACAAUACUGUUGUCAGCUUAAGUCAAAUGAAGCGGAUACUCAGAAGGUUAGGACUGAAAAGACGCGGUGCUUCUUCUCCUUUACGAGAUGUAAUACGCGAGAUUCGAGCAGUAUAUAACAGAGGAUUUGCUGACUGUGGUUAUAAAACAAUAUGGAAAAUAGUAAACACAACAACAAAUGUUAAAGUUACACAAGAAACAACAAGACUUGUCUUAAAGGCUAUUGAUCCUGUAGGUGUUACUUUGAGAUCUGCACAUCGCUUACGUCGCCGAACUUAUAUCAAUAAAGGUCCAAACUUUGCUAUACACAUUGAUGGCUACGAUAAGCUGAAACCUUUUGGCGUCGCUAUUCACGGAGCCAUUGAUGGAUUUUCUAGAUAUAUUUUAUGGUUAGAAGCAUGCCACUCAAAUAAUGACCCCCGAAUAAUCGCUGGCUUCUUUGUCAAUUUCCUUAAACGUACAGGUCGCGUUCCGCGUCUUACAUGUAUACGUUCUGAUGCAGGGACUGAAAACGUGACUGUACGUGAUUUACAGACAGCAUUAAGGUAUGACGAUGGAGAUAACAUGUCUGGAAUAAACAGUUUUAUCACUGGAAGGUCAACAGCUAACCAAAGGAUCGAACGUUUCUGCGUCAAUUUAAGACAUGGUUUCGCAGUGUCUUGGAGGAACUAUUUCAAAGAUAUGGUCGAACGUGGUUUGCAUUUAGAGUGUUUAAGAUAUUGCUUCUUACCAUUAAUUCAACGUGACUUAGACAGCUUUACGCGAAUAUGGAACUUGCAUCGAAUUCGACAGCAAAGGCACACGGAAGUACCAAGUGGUAUACCGACUGUGAUGUACUACCAGCCAGAAGCAUAUGAAACGCGAGAUUAUUCAUAUCCUCUCCCUUGUGAUAUGCAAACAAUUAAUUGUUUGCAAGAGAUAUAUACUGUAAGGAAACCUCAGUUUGGAUGUUCAGAUGAAUUUAUCCCGAUUCUGGAAUAUGUGUGUGAAAUCCCGAGACAAGAGCUGCCUGUUCCAAAAACAGUUCAAAGUGCCACUUCUCUGUUUCAAGCCUUGACCGAAAAACUAGAUGACUAUUAAUAACUUGACACUUGACUUUGGAAAAUCCAAUAUAUUUAACGCUUUCGCCUUGUACAGCAAGUGCUAAAUGCCAUUGCCUGGAAGUUGGAAACUGUAUAAAGUCGUCCUUUGUUUCACUUCAGUGUACAAAAUGUAUUAAUGAUUAUGGUCAUUCUUGGACCUUAAAUUGUCUGAAAACAUUAAUAUUAAAGCCUUGCA